AUGGUAGAACGAAAUGUCAAACUCGGGACAGGCCCCAGUGACUGUGCUGAUGUCAACCCUGGCUGUAGUUCUAUCGUCCACAAAAUUACCACUGCCACGGGGAAAUGUUUCGACAUAUAUUGUGAUAUGGACAGUGACCAGGGACAUUGGAAUGUAAUCCACAACAGGGGAGACAGCUCCGUUGACUUUUAUAGAAACUGGAACGAGUACAAAACAGGAUUUGGUGAUGUUACCGGAAACUUUUGGCUAGGAAAUGAAAAUAUAUAUUCCAUGAUGGUAUUCUCGAGGUACAAACUUCGAAUUGAACUGGAAGCCUGGGGCGGAACUGUAGGAAUCGUCGAGUAUUCCCUCUUUAAGAUCUCUAGCGAGGCAGACAAUUACCGACUUACGAUUGGCGGCUUCUCCGGCACCACAAGUGACGCAAUGGACCAUGUAAAUGGACAGAUGUUUAGCACGAAAGAUCGCGAUAAUGACGAGACUUCUACCAGGAACUGCGCUGUGUACCGUCAUGGGGCAUGGUGGUACCGCGCAUGCGCCUUCGCCAAUCUUAACGGUAGGUACACAGUAGACACCGGAAACUCCAAGUCCUCCAUGUAUUGGAAGUUUUUUUUCGCGGAGCGAUCACACGUCCCGAUGAAGAAAGCUCGUAUGAUGAUUAAGAGAUAUUAG